UUCACCCUCUUCCACACCCUCUCCUCAUUCAAUUCUACCAACUCAGAAAGGACUCACAAUGGGUGAGAAGAAGGGAGACAACGGAGAUGAGAAGAACAACAACAACGGCGGCGAGCGUAUGCAUAUUGAAAUCCUCAUCAACAAGAAGCGCUUUGAAGGUGUUGAAUCCGUGAAAGUAGACCUUGUGCCUAACAAACUGAGGGUGAUUGCGGAAGUAGAUUUGAGGAAGCCUCUUAUGGUUGAGCCGAAGGGGAAGAAGAAGGUCGAACUUGUCUCUCCUUUGCAAAAGAAGGACAACAAGAAGGGCGGUGGCGGUGACGGUGGCGGUGGAGGAGGGCAGAAGGACGAAGGAAAACCAUAGAAAAAGUCAGAUGAUGUACUACUAUGCUCUGCUCUGCUCUAUACUGAUGUGCACCUGUGUCGUAUUACGCUUCUCCUCUUUUCCCUCUGGAUUUUGCUGUUUUGUCUUUGGUGCUGCGCAUCUGGUGCACGAUAGAAUGAAGGCCUAGACGUAUCACAUCAAACCUUCAUUCCCACUUCUCUAUUGAAACUUGUGAAAGUUCGCAGUUUUUGUUAAUGCCUCCGGUGACCACCGCUCUGAUGAAGUUGGAUCUGCACUGCUUCGAAUGCAUCGAGAAAAUUAAAAAAAUCAUCACGAAGACCAGAGGAUAUCAUGGCAUGUCCAUUGAUAAUCAGAAGAAGCAGAUCACGGUGAAAGGGACAAUGAACAUGAAGGCUCUAGCAGAUGCACUAAAGGAGAAGCUGAAGAAACCGGUGGAGAUUGUCCCGCCCAAGAAACAAGGUGGCGGCAAUAAGAACUAGUAAGGCGGUGCCGGAGAGAAGAAAGAGAAAGGAGGUGGUGUAUUACCAAAAAAAUAAUUUAUUAUUGGCCUCAUUUGAGAAGUGAUUAUUUUAGAAGCUUUUUGAUUAGAAUAAAGAUUGGGACACCCUUUUUCCCACCCCCUUUUGACCCCCUUUCUUUUUUGAUUGGUCACCUUUUCUUUUUCUUUUCUUUUUUUUCCUUCUCCUCCAAUCACCACCCUGUGUGGGGGUGAAAAUUUGAGGGAGCCUAAAUCACUGCUGUUUUGAUUAUUUGACUAUUUUAAUAGACUAUUUUAAUUUGUGUGUU